UUCAAGUCAUGGUCAUCAUUAAAUAUUUAUAAUAAUAAUUUCAAUUAUGUGAUACUGUGAGUUUAUUAUUUAUUAUUAUUGUGAUCAGUAGUGAUUCUUACUCAUAAGAUUUUCUAACCUAAUUCCACUGGAUAUUUCAUCACUUUAUGUAAAAAAAAUGUAUGGAAAAUAGCAGACGGAUGAAAAUCAUUUGAUUAAACUUCAUAUUAUAUUAAUAUACAAAAAUGGGUGAUAGUUUUCAAGAAUUCGUACUAAAUGAUCUCAACUCAAGUCAAAUGAACAACCUAAUAAAGCAAGAGCCCAGUGGCCUAGAAGUAACAUCAGCAUCGGCGUCAGUACCAAUCCCAGGAAGCCAUCGCGGAGUUCGUGGUAUCUAUGAGCAAUUUUCGCCAUCACCUCUGACUCUGCCCUCAAUGUGGGGUUGCCGUGUCGAGCCUGAGGACUACUCCAUAGACCCAGAGCAACUCGGAAUAACAUUCAAAAUGGAAGACGACGACAUAUUCCAAGUAGACAAAGCCGACCUAAUUCAAGGUCCUACACUGGCGGAGUUGAACGCCAACGAUGACAUUCUGCUCGGUGAUUUGAAUUUCGACGAUUUACUCCUGCCUGAAGAACGCAUGCAGCCGGUAUCACCACAAACUGUCGUUCCACAGAUACCUGUUCCACUUGCACCUGCACCACCUGUUCUUGGUUCCAAUGUUGGCUUACUGACAACUGGUAUCAGCGGUUUCGCUGCUAGCUAUCCUAGCGGUACGAUUACUUUCAAACCAUCGACGACCUAUUCGACGAACUUUGCCGGGACUUUUGAUAAUGAAGUUGUUUAUGUUAGUCCAAGCGCCAGUCACAUUGCUGAAUCAAUGGAUUCAUGCUACGACAUUGGAAGUUCAACAGCAAGCUCAUCUACUUCGCCACAUAUGGUACCUACCAAUGUCAAUAUCACUGUCGACAAUCCAACAAUGAACAACAAACCUAUAACAGUUGGUCCAACCUCAACUUUACACGAAUUGCUGAUGAGGAAAGUUGAAAGCAAUACUAUGACCCCGAUAAAAAGAGUGGACCCAGUACCAAUGGACAUUGUCAACAACAGCAAAAUAAAAGUAUCAAGAUUAUCUAUGUCUGCGCCAACACAGAGCCUAGGGUUGGAGCAAAUAUGGGCCAGACGUGAACCAAGGCGUCAUUUGUUGAGCACAUCGAGUAUUGGAGUCGCUGAAGCUGAGUCAAUGAGCAGCUUGAGCACUGGUGGUGCUCUAAGUCCAGAUCCUCAAAUUGAUCCGCUUGGACAAUUGGAUCCACUUAGUCAUGAUGAAGGCUAUGAGGACAGUGAUGAUGAUAGUGAUCAUUAUGAUGACUACAGCAGUGAUAAUGACUCAGGAAGUGACGGCGAGGAUCAUAGCAGUAUUAGAGAUUCCCGGGACCCAACAGCAUCAUCCUCAGGACCAUCAAAAAUGUCAAAAAAGGAAAAAUAUUUCUGGCAGUAUAACGUACAAGCAAAAGGACCUAAAGGACAGCGUUUGAUAGCACACAAACGUCUAGAAGAUCCACAUGUGCUCAAUCAAGCAACAGACCCCGUUUUCAGCCCCAGCUGUUCACUGCGUGGCAUUAAACACUCCGGUAAAGCGCGCAAGGGUGAUGGCAAUGAUUUAACACCAAAUCCACGUAAAUUGUACAUUAUUGGUAAAGAAUUGGACAAACUGUCCCGUAUUAUUAACGACAUGACCCCAGUAUCAGAACUGCCAUUUCCUGCUCGGCCUAAAACACGCAAAGAAAAAAAUAAACUUGCCUCACGCGCUUGUCGUUUGAAAAAGAAAGCUCAGCAUGAAGCUAAUAAAAUAAAGUUACACGGACUUGAAAUUGAGCACAAACGUCUGAUCAAUGGUAUUGCACAGAUAAAGACGAUAUUGGCGGUUAAAUUAACCGAGCAGAGUUCGGAGAAACAGGAAGAAUUAACACGACAAAUGGAUAAAAUUUGCAAAUCUUCUACGAAAAUACGUAUUGCAAAUCAUUCGACUGAAUUUGUUAACAAAAUUCUGGACAAAAUAAAAUCUGGAGUUCCCGACGGCGGUAUUGACGACUUUUAAAAAAAAAAUUGAUACCUGAAUCAUCACUAAAAUCAUCAUCACCAAUCGAAAAAAAAAAAAAAAAAAUAUACUACGACAUAAAAUGCCUAUUCUAAUUUAAUAUGAUUUUUUAUCUACUGAGAAAGAGUUAUAUUUUUAUCGUAUUGAUAAAGAAAUGGAGUCUAUUCUUAAAAACUGAAAAGUUAUAUUAAUUGAAAAGUAAUAGUUUUUAAUAAUCUAAUAAUAAGUAACACGUAUAUUAAUUAAUAAUUAAAUUAGUUGGCUAACUUGGUCUACCUCAGAGGAAACGCUA